AUAAUGGCGGAGAAAAAAACGAUGAUGUUGAUGAUGCUUCUUAUGAUGGUGGUGAUGCUGACGUGGCAGAAGGAAUGCCAUGGAUGGGGUGCAGAAACAGCAGAGGAUAUGGUUAGAACUGAAGCAGAGCAUGCCAAAAAUGCUGCCGAGACCGCUAAAGAAAUGGCGGGCGAGGCGGCUCAUGACGCAAAGGACAAAACCGCUUCUUGGGCUGGUUGGGUUUCUGAUAAAAUCUCCACCGGUUUGGGAAGCAAGAAAGAUGAAGCGGAAGAAGCGGUUGAAUCUGCAAAGAACUACGCUUAUGACAAGGCUGGGUCAGCCUAUGACAAUGCGGGUUAUGCCAAGGACUUUGCAUCCGACAAGGCCGGAUCUGCUUAUGAUGGUGCUAACAACGCAAAACAUUAUGCUUAUGAUAAGACCGGUGAUGCCAAAGACAUGGCCUACGAGAAAGCCGGUCAAGCCAAGGAUGUAGCCUACGACAAGGCCAGUCAAGCCAAGGACAUAGCCUACGACAAGGCCGAUCAAGCCAAAGACAUGGCCUACGACAAAGCCGGUCAAGUCAAAGACAUGGCCUACGACAAAGCCGGAUCAGCCAAAGACAUGGCCUACGACAAAGUCGGUCAAGCCAAGGACAUGGCUUACGACAAAGCCGGAUCAGCCAAGGACAUGGCCUACGACAAGGCCGGUCAAGCCAAGGACAUGGCAUACGACAAGGUUGGAUCAGCCAAGGACAUGGCCUAUGGAAAAGUGGGAUCAGCCUCUGAGAAGGCUGGUCAAGCCAAGGACUUUGCCUAUGACAAAGCAGGUCAUGCAAAAGAUGCUUCAUAUGACAAAGCGGAGGAUGUGAUUAGGAUGGCUACGGAUAAAAGCGAUGAAGCUAAGGAAAUGGGUUAUGGAACAUACGAAAGAGCUAAAGAAGGGUCCAAGAAUGCUAAGGACAUGGCAUCUGAUAAAGCUCAUGACGUUAGUGAAACCGCUGGGCGCGCGAUGGACUAUGGCAAAGACAAAGCAACAGACGCGUACGGAUUAGGGAGUGAUGCAGCUGGAAAAUUUGAGGAUGCAGUAUAUAAAGUUGGGGAGAGGUAUGGUGCAGCUAAGGAUUCAAUGUCGGAGAAAACAAAAGAAGCUUAUGAGAGUGCAAAGGAAAAGGCUUCUGAGGCUGCUGGAGAGUACGGCGCGUAUAUGAGAGACCGUAGUGCUGAGCUUUAGAACCGGAGAAUUUAUAUACGUAUAGGGGUUGCAUUUAGAUUUCAAAUCUUUCUUCCUGAAAUAAGUAUUCUUAUAUAUAUGUAAGAAUGGUGGAGCUGCUCUGUUUUAGUUUCGAAAGCAGAUUUUAAAUUAAGGUUCUGUUUCUUAGGUAUCUAUCACACAUGUAAGACAACCCUCUUUGACUUUAAACUUGUAAGAAUUAAGUUA